ACUUAAUGUAAUCCUCCACAGCACAGCUCUCAUGACAGGGGAGGCUGAUGGACCAGUCGCUGCCCUGGGAUAUAACUGGUAUUUAGUUGUGAUUCAUACCACCAGUGGAUUUUAGGAUGAUUAUGAAACCAGUUUUUAUGUAAAAACUGCAAGGAUUAGAUAAUGGGUGCCUUAAUUAUAAUCCUGCAUGUAACCCUACUUCUCUCCAGCUUCAGCUUCACGGAAUCUUCUGCGUUUCUGCAAUGCUUUAAUGAUUAUGACAUCGAACUCAAGUGCAGUUUCUUGUCUGAACCCAACAGUUGUUCCCAAUACAAACUCAGUGUCACAAGAUUAAAAAGGUUGUAUACAUGCCAUUUUAUUGAAAUCCGUCACGGUGAAUGUGAAUGCAGACUCGAAAUGAAGGACGGGUUUGUCAUUUACGAGAUACUAGUAAUAAAGUUGUUGAAAGGAGACGAGAUUUGGCACACAACAAGCAUCAGUACUGAAGAAAGUAUUAAACCCAGAAGACCAAUCAUCACGUCAGUCAUUCAGAAGAAGAACGGAGACUUUUCUGUUAACUUGAACACCACCUACCCAGAGAAGAUGAAAACCUUUUUGGACUACCUGGAUGUGGAGCUGCAAUACGGUAUUGUUGGAAGCAAUGUUAACGUGACAGAACAUGUUGGAAAUGUUCACAAUUCGUAUGAGAUUGUGGGCAGGAAACUUCAACCUAAUUCCAAGUAUAUCAUAAAAGCGAGAGUGAAGUCAAACUACCCCUCUAACAAGAUGUUCAGUGACUACAGCGAACCAUUUGUGUUUUCUACACCACAAUCAUUACAAAAUAUUCUCAGGAUAAUUAUACCAACAUUAUGUAUCCUUCUGAUCAUUUGCAUAUCUUCAGUCUACUUCUGGUUCAACAGAAUCAUAAAACCCUGGUGGGACAAGAUUCCUAUGCCAAAAUUUUCUACAAAUUUUGUAAAACAGGUCCCACAAUUGCUGUCAUUUCAAACUGAGUUCUCAUCUCUCAGUCUUGAUUCAUUAGCAAACCACAUCAGCAAGAACGCAUGUGUGGAGGUCCAAAGUGAAGAUCCUUAUAAAUUCUAUAAUCCCAGUACGGGGAAAGGCACCGAAAAGGCAUCACUGGCGUAUUUAUUGGCAAGCCACCAGAACAUGAAAACGAACGGCUCUGAACAUACUGGGUUUAAACACCAAUCUACAAACACCAACCAAUCAUGUAGAAAUCAGCAAUCUGAUGAGUUAAGCUCAGGAAUCUGGAAGCAGGAAUCAGGAAUCAGCAACAAGACCUAUCUGCUAUCAAAGUCCAGCAUGUCAUCCAUUUAUAAACAGCCAGCAAACCAGGAUUCGAGCAAGAACUCCAAGGUGUUUUCUGAGAAUCUGCAGAUGGAUUUUGAGUACUACAAGUGGGCUGGUUCUACAACCUCUGGAAACUACAACCUGAUUUCCAUCGCACCACCCAACACUGAGAUGUCUGUGGAUCUUCUAUAUCACAGCGUAGGUGAUGUAGUUGACCACAAGGCUCUUAGCUAUUGUAAUGAUCUGAUCAUUGAGAAGUCAUUUAACACCAAGAAACCACAGGAUGUUCUGUUUUCUGCCAAUGAUGACAUCCUUAUUCCAAUGGAAGAUGGGUAUCAAGCGAUUUAAAAUUCAAUCCAUGAAAUACUGGAGAAUAAAAAAACUACAAUGUUAUAAUUUAAUUUAUUCCCCCAGAGCAAUAUUAUAUCAGAGCGAUCAUCUCAUUUUGCAUAUCUUUUCAGGCAUUCAAAUGGACUCAGGUUUUGACGUAACAGCUCAAUCUAGAACUUCCUUGGGUAUAUUUAUAGUACUGUCACGUGGUGAUCAAAAUACACUUUUAUUACAUUGUAUUUGAAUGCUAUUUGAAUGAAGAUCUGCAGCAGUGCUACACCGUGUUUGUGUUGCAGAUACUGAACAUUACAGCAAUCAUUUUGUUGUUUUGUUAAUUCUACCAUUCUCCAAAUCAUCACUUCAAGUUGAUGAUUAUUAUAAACUUAUCUUUCUUAUGCCGAUUAAACACCAGAAUUUCUUCAAUCUGGUCAUUUUCUUAAAAUGUUUUUUUUGUUUUUUUUUAACCCAACUUAACCCUUUAACACACAUUUGUUGGAACUAAAAUGUGAAAUAUCAGUGUCAUAAAACAUACCAUAAAAGACUCGCAUUGACGUUUUUAAACGUUCAAAUACUCAUUAAUAUGUAAAAUACAUGUACAUAUUUUGAACUGUGAAUUUCAUCAUCUUCAUUAUCUACAGUUUAUCACUGAGCACUUCUAAGCAUCUAACUAGACAAUGUUGUAUACCUCUAUAUGCAUGUUUACAUUAUUAUAUAAAGUCUUGUGGGUUUGAAUA